AUGAUCAGUGAUAUCAAAGCGAUGGAGCAUCAGAUGCGGGAGAUGAACUAUGAUGCACGUAGGGCCCCCCUGGGCAAGCUGACCCCCGGACAGAUCAAGGCCGGUUAUGAAGCUCUCAAGGAGAUCUCCGAUUGUGUGGAAGCCUUGAAGAAAUUGGAGGAAGAUGAACAGGAUGGUGCAAAGACUGGGAGAGGCAAAGCAGGAAGAAGAAAAGGUCUUCCUAACCCCGAUGAUAAGAAGGCUCUUAGCGACAAGCUCCUGCAUGCUUGUAAUACCUACUAUACUCGAAUUCCACAUGAUUUUGGAAUGCGAGUUCCUCCCCUGAUCUCCACUCCGGAUGAUGUCAAAACCCAGUUGGACCUACUCAAAGCCCUCGAAGACAUUGAGGCAGCCUUCAGCGUUAUCAAAACGAAGGGCAAAACUCUUGAUAUGCAUCCAGCCGAUAGGAAUUACAGCAAUCUCAAAUGUAACAUCGAACCCAUACCCACCAGUCACAAAAUGGAGAAAAUCAUUAAGGAUUACGUUCGAUUGACUCACGCUUCGACGCACAAUAACUACAGUUUAGAGGUGCUGCAAACUUUCGAGCUGGCAAAGAAUGGUGAAGCGGAAUCUUUCCAAGACUAUGGAACGCGACGUCUUCUCUGGCAUGGAAGUCGCCUCACCAACUGGAUGGGAAUUCUCGGUCGUGGAUUGAGGAUAGCUCCUCCAGAGGCACCUUGUACUGGUUACAUGUUCGGCAAAGGUGUCUACUUUGCAGAUUGUGUGUCCUUGUCAGCCGGCUUUACCCAUGCCUACAUGAACGAAAAUGUUGGGUUCGUGGCUUUAUGUGAAGUUUCCUUGGGAAAAAUUAAUCCUCUAUUAUAUGGUGACUCCAAUGCAAAUAAUCUUCCCCAGGGAAGGCACAGUGUUCAAGGCGUCGGCAGCAAAAUGCCAGACAAGUCGACAUGGAUCACUUUGGAUGAUGGUGUGGUCGUUCCGUGUGGAAAGAUGGUAGACUCGAAUGUAAAGAAUGCCUCCCUAUAUUACAAUGAAUUCAUUGUCUACGAUGUUCGACAAAUUCGCUUGCGCUACUUAGUUCAAAUUAAAUUCAAUUACGAAUAUUGA